AAACUUCGAAAAAUAAAACAAAUGCACUAGGUGUCACGUGCGCGUAGUGUGGCUCCGGCAAUAGCUUCUUAAAGGCAAAUUAGAAGCACCUGUCGCUUUUGCCACGCGAGAGGAAACCUCAUGGUCCCUUUCGUUGAUGCGGAAAGUUAGCAGAGUUUUACCUGACGCUUUGCACAUUUAGUAUGUCUUCGUGACAACAUUACAAUGAAGAACACCUUGAAGAAAUAUUUUGCAAACAUGGACGAAUAUUUCGCCAGAAAUGGUCUUUACCGAAAAAUGGUGGCUCGAGACGGGUCUUGUCUAUUUCGAGCCGUCUCUGAACAGCUAUACUACACUCAGUUCUACCAUCAGAAAGUAAGGACGGACUGUGUUCACUUCAUGAGAAAAAACAGGAGCAUCUUUGAGACGUAUGUCGAAGGGUCUUUCGAGAAGUAUCUGGAGCGCUUGGAGGACCCAAUGGAAACUGCAGGGCAAGUGGAGAUCAAGGCAUUGUCCUUGCUUCAUAGGCGGUGCUUUAUCAUAUACAGGUACCCCGGCGGUCCUCCAACGGAAAUAUCACCAGAUGACUUUGUGGAGAAGAUUUUGCUGUGUUAUUCAAACACCAAGCACUAUGACAUUGUUUACCCGAAGACCUAUGUUCCUUCGGCCCGAAUAUGUCAAACGCUGCUGUACGACUUGCUGUACACACAGGUUCUGGGCGUGGACCCCCGGGACCUGCAGAUGGCCAUGGAGGUGUGGCACAGCCGGCGCCACAGGAACAGCCACUCGAUGUGCAGCGAUGAAGGGGGCUAUGACACCCCUGAUGAGAGGAGGGAGGAUUGGGACCUGGACGGCAAUUAUGCCAUUGAAGACGAGGCAAGGCUGGAAAUGGAUGAAUCCAAGAGUACAGAGGAGCCAGCCACCUUCACUUUAUCCUACCAAGUUGUCAAAUCUCUGGAUCCCAAUGUGUAUCGCAAUGUAGAGUUUGAUGUCUGGCACUUCACACGCAGAGAGCUAAGGAAGACUGAUUUCAUAGUAAUCGCAGGUAGACAAUACUUCUUGGGAGAUAAAUGCCAGGUGCGCCUUGACCCCAAGGGGAGGUAUUACAAUGCCUUUAUCCAAGAGGUGGGCACCAAGACCAGUGUGGUGACUGUGUUCAUUGAAGAACUUGGAGAGAGGAUCCAGGUGUCCUUGGCUAACUUAAAGCCAGUGAAUCCUGUUCCUGCAUGUCAGGUCCCUCCCAUGAGCCAAUGUGGCUCCUCUGAGCAGUACUCCACAGAGCAGGAUUAUGAGGUCCGUGGGAGGCGCCGCUUCUACCGAAAGCCCCGCGCCGUGGCCAUGCCCAUUCCCUGCUCCCGCGCCCAGCCUGGCAUGGGCCCCCGCUUCCAGCCGACCCCUGGCAACAUGCCCGCCGGCCGGCCAACCGGGUUCCACGGACCCCCGAUGCCACCCAGGGGGAUGGAGUGUGAUCACUACCGCCCCCACUCUAGCCCCCGGGCCCACCGAGGCUCCGGCUCCCCCAGACGCUCCUCGCGCUUUGUGAACCGCCAUCACCUCAUUGGGCCAGAAGUGUCCUUUUAUCACAACGCUGGCAAGCGCUGUUACCAGAGCUUUGAAAACUACUCCUUCAGACCCCGAGUCCGGCGCCACAUGCAGACCAUUGCCAAGGAGUGCCAGUUCAGCUUGGUCCCCAGUGGUGCUGAGGAGGUGCAAGAUAUGGGCGGCCCGGUGACCUUCUAUGACAUUGACAAAGGGAGCCAGAAUGCCUUUCCCCCUCUGCAGGGACAACCAGUUGGCCGUCCGAUGGUGGCAGCCGCUGCCUCUUACUGGGUCCCAAGAGGGUGCAGCCCCUCCCCCACACCCAGGGACCAGGCUGUUACCUCUUCAGAGGAGGACAAUGAUGAGAGGAGCACUGGAGGAGAGCAAGGGGAAUACUCAGGGGAGUAUGUCUACUCUGGAGGAGAUGCAGGAUUUGAGAGCCCAUCAGUUUACACUGCAGCAGAGUCUACUGCCAACUUGACCAUUCAGGAAGGAGGGUCGUGUUCUGGUUCAACACAAGAGGGCGCAGCCACAUACAGCUAUUCCCAGCAGGUGGUGGUGAAAUCUGCUGUGAUCUCAUCCUCUCAGCCAGUCACCCAUCCCUCAGCUGACAUCUUCACAGCCAACUCCUCCUCCACCUCCUCCUCUAGGAGCUCAGACACGCCGCCCGACUCCCAGCCCUCCUUCAUCGCCCACCAUGGGCAGCCCCCGACUCCUAGGCCAGGUUUAUUCAUGACUUACCCGUGGCAUGUUAAUGAGAUGGCAGAGGCUGUGGGCGUGGCCCCACCACCACCCUUCUCCUGUGACCCCAAUGGCAACGAUCUUCCUGAAGACUAUAAAGUUAUUCAGUACUAUUUCAAUCUCGGAGUGCAGUGCUACCAGUCCUACUUGCACUCAUUGGUGCACUCUCAUCAGGCGUACCAGCAGCAGGGCACAGACGGGCAGUACCAGUCCUAUCCCAGCAAUGCCCUCGACCACACUGUGCCCGAGCCCUACUGCGAGCCUGGCACCGUGGGGCAUAAUGCACAGCCAGAGGCGCCAGCGCACGGGCCCCCCCUGAGCUUGGACCCCCCCCCGGCUGCCCCCUCUGGUCCGGUCUUCUACCCCCUGGUGCAGGAGCCGCGGAGCCAGUCCUUCCUGCCCCACAUUUAUGAGCCCUACGUGCCGCCGCUGCCUCCACCCGCCACCUACCACUACGUCACCACUUGGAUCCCGGGGGCACCUGGCCAGCCCUGGGUACACGCCCACCCAAUAGACUACAGCACCGCACACCCCCCACAUCAUGCCCGCCCACCUCACAACACCCACCUCGUGCACCACCUGCCACCCAGUGUGUAGCGCAACGGGUGCAGGGCACCGCCACCUUGUUUUUGAGACGUGAUUUGGGCCUCGCCCCAAGUCUCUCAUGUUAGCAUCUCUGCUAUGUUCCUUCACGGUUUGCUGUUACAGGGUUAAUAGUCACACAGUCGUGGGCACAGGGUUUCCAGGGUUACCUCCGGUCUGAGUGUGUGAUUGGUGGACGGCUUCUGUCCACUCUGCACAAGUGGGAUCACCUCUGAUUUCACUUCCUCCAGACCACUCUUCUGUUUUGUCCCAGGGUUGUCUAGGGAAUGUUUAUUAUUGUCAAGGUUUUGUUUAAUAAUAUUUUUUCACAUGCCAUUAAAGAGCUUUUGCA